AUGGCCGGUCACACGCGGGCCUCGCUGCUCGCGGCGGCGGCGGCCUUCUGCGACGCGUUCGCGCGGCAGGCGCCGGUGGACGAGAUCCUGGGCCACUUCGCGGAGGGCGACGCGGCGGCGGCGGUGGCGGUGGUGGAGCACGGGCACGCGAGCCUGGCGCCGUUCCUGGGGCGCGCGUUCCGCGGCCGCGGCGGCGCGCGCGCGUACCUCGAGCUGGUGGGCCGCCUGCUGGCCUACGAGGAGAUGCGGUUCGACGGGUGGGUGGUGGACGCCGGCGGCCAGGAGGAGGAAGGGGAGGACGAGGACGAGGACGAGGGGGAGGGCGGUUGCGUCGCCGUGCGCGGCACCGCCCGCUUCGUCUGGCGCGCCACCGGCCAGGCCUGGCGCGAGUCCUUCGCCUACCGCCUCGCCUUCGCCCCCCGCGGCGGCAAGCUGCUCGUCUACGAGAUCUGGGCCGACUCCGGCGCCGCGUACCUGGCCAGUCGGGGGGAGCUCCCGGCGGAGGAGGAGGAGGGAGAGGAGAAGAGGGGGGGGGAGGAGGAGAAGAGGGGGGGGGAGGAGGAGAAGGGGGAGGAGAGGGAAUAG